GGAGUGUAGGUGAAGAACGGAGGUACGGGUCUCAAUAGUUUCGUUUUAUCAUUUUAUCGAUUCAUAUUAUGGAGAGGGGAGCAAGUAUGGCCGAUAAAAAUAAUCAUCAUCCAGUUGAGGAAUUGGAUAAAUAGGAAUAUUUCAUCCCGUGAAACUUUGUAACAAAAGGGACAACUUAAGAUGCACCUCCUCUGGUUUUUCGUCAGCUGCCUGGCAUUGACAGCAGUCAGUGCCGCACCUGAAAAAGUUGUCUACUGUUACUUCGGUAGUUGGGCAGUAUAUCGUCCAGGAAAAGGAGAAUUCCAAAUCGAAAACAUUAACCCAUCCCUUUGCACCCACUUGGUGUACACUUUCGUGGGACUUGAAGGUGUAAAUGUGAAGGUUCUCGAUCCCUGGCAGGAUCUUCCUGAUCAGGCGGGUAAGGAUGGUUUCAGGCGCUUCAACGCAAUACGCAUGAAAAAUCCUUGGUUGCAAACUCUGGUAGCCAUGGGUGGUUGGAAUGAGGGCUCAGUGCAGUACUCUGAGAUGGCUGCUAACCCAGAAUCACGUAAAAAAUUCACCGAAAAUGUAAUUAAAUUCCUUCAAAAGCAUGGAUUCAGCGGUUUCGAUCUCGACUGGGAGUAUCCAGCCCAACGUGGAGGCAUUCCUGAAGAUCGCAAAAAUUAUGUUGAGCUUCUCAAGCUCAUGAGGUCCCGUUUCGAUGAGGAGGGAUUCCUGCUGAGUGCUGCUGUAGCUGCCAGUGCGUCUUCCGCCUGGAAAUCAUUCGAUAUUCCUGAGAUAAGCAAAUAUUUGGACUUCAUCAACAUCAUGGCUUAUGAUUUUCAUGUUCCCAAGAACGGUGUCACGGGAUUGAAUGCACCUUUCCGAGCUUCUCCUUCUGACACUCCCCAAGACAAGGCCUUGACUGUUGAAGCUACCGUGAAGUACUGGCUGGAUCAAGGUGCACCCAAGGAGAAGCUUGUUCUGGGAAUGCCACUGUAUGGGCGUUCCUUUACUUUGUCUAACCCGUUAGUGAAUGGAGUUGGAGCUCCAAUUCGCGGCACUGGUAUUUCUGGGCCUUACACUCGUGAGCCUGGAGUGCUGGCAUACAACGAAAUUUGCGAGAUGCAGUCUCAGGGUGGCUGGAACGUUAUUUUUGAUGCAGAUCAUCUUGUCCCGUAUGCCAUCAGGGGAAAUCAAUGGGUUUCAUACGAUAAUGUGGAAUCCAUUCGCGAAAAGGCCAAGCUCGUCAAAGAAUUGGGUCUAGCAGGUGCCAUGGUAUGGAGUGUGGAGAGUGAUGACUUCAGGGGCGUCUGUGGUGAGCCCUAUCCCCUUUUGAAGACCAUCAAUGCAGUCCUUCGAGGUGGAAAACCAGGUCCUGAGGAACAAACCCCACCAGAAAAGCCUACGUUGCCACCUGUCUCAAAGCAUUGCACGAAAGAAGGAAACAUCCCGAAUCCUGCUUCCUGUGGUUUCAUCGUAUGUAUUGCAGAUGCCUUCGGUGGAUUUACGGAACACUAUGUGGAGUGCGCCCCUGGGCUGUGCUUUAAUCCAACCGCUAAUGCCUGUGAUUGGAAACUAUAAAUUUAAUGGGGGUUGUUUGAAAUUUCUUGUGGUUAUAGAUGAAUUCUUUUUACGUGAGAGAGCAAAAGAGACGUUUUGUUACACGAAUUCUGCUAAUCUUUUUUUCUUUAAUGAAUUAACUGAUGAUAAAAAUUGUAACGGAAUUUUGGGUCAACCAUCGGCACAAAAAGUACUCUCUCAAAUGUUCUGUAUGAACUUAUGCUUACUACAAGUACUCCUCAGCACCUCAGUUGAAUGCUAAAUAUAUUCUGAAUUAAAUUUAAUUAUUGCAGGAUGACAUUAACGACAUAAUUGUAGUCAGAAAUAAAUUUCCCAUCAUGCAUAAA